AUGCGGUGUCAUUUCAACGGGACCCUGCUGGUGGACGUGCUCCCUCCGCUGCUGCUGACGGAGUUCAUCCUGGGCGUGGCGGGGAACGGCCUGGCCCUCUGGAUCUUCUGCUUCCACCUGAAGCCCUGGAAGAGCAGCACGGUGCUGCUGUCCAACCUGGCCGUGGCCGACUUUCUGCUCAACAUGGUGCUGCCUUUGCGCGCCACCUACUACAUGUCUGGGCUGAGGUGGGGGCUCGGAGGGGCCCUGUGCAACCUCUGCCUCUUCAUGCUGGCCAUGAACCGCAGCGGGAGCGCCUUCUUCCUCAUGGCCAUCGCCGUGGACAGGUACAUGCGCGUGGUGCACCCCCACCAUCCCAUCAACUCGCUGAGCGUCUCCAAGGCCGUGCUCGGAGCCCUGGGACUGUGGCUGCUCACCAUCGCCAUGACGGCUCAUAUCUUCAGUCUGCAGCAUCGCAACUCCACCUACUGCGAGAGCUUCGUGGUUCAGACGGCGACUCAAAGUAACCUGAGCUGGCACAAGUUUGAGUUUCUCUUUUCCUUCUACAUUCCUCUGUUUGUGAUCCUCUACUGCACCGUUCGCAUCGUCCGCCACCUGAGAGGGAGACAGCUGGCCCAGCACGCCAAGAUCAGAAGAGCUCUGUUCUUCAUCAUAGUAGUGGUGCUCCUCUUCAGCAUCUGCUUCCUCCCCAGCAACAUCACACAGCUGCUGAUCUGGAUAAAAACGUACACCAUGGACCAAAAGUCCGAUGUGGAAAUCUGUUCAGACAUGGAGAACCUGACCACAGCCUUUUUCAUCACCAUCAGCCUGACCUAUCUCAACAGCGUCCUGGAUCCUGUGAUCUACUACUUCUCCAGCCCUGCCUUCAAGAACAUCUGCAGGAAGGCUCUCCAUCUGCCCCAAGCAGACGCGACUGAGAGUGCAGAGAAGAAAACCAGAGAAACGGCUUCACAGUCGCUCAGCCAGCUGUGAUCAAAGCCAAAACACAACAAGUUAUUCAGCUCAGUCAGUAAAGCUGUGAUCUAUGUUUAAGUGCUAAAGCUAAAAUGAUUAUUUUUGCUUCUAAUUAUCAGAUAUAUACUAAAAGCUGGUUUGAGCUUUGAGCGAAUGUAGAUUUGUAGUAGUUUUACAGUAAAAACAUUAAAAUUACUUUAAGAAAAAUAAGAAAUAUGAUUGAUUGAUUGAUUGAUUGAUUGAUUGUUUAUCAUAAUGAAAAGCAAAGUUGUUUCCGAGGAUCUUUUUCUUUGGGCGACAGAAC